AUGCCGAAGCCUGCAAUAAGCCCUGCUGUCAGCGCCCACGCAUCCUCUUCCGCCCCGCCAUCUACCAAUUCCCGAAAACGGCCGCACGCGCUGGAAAGCCCGUCAAGGUCGCAAGUCCUGAGAGAGUCUCUCAUCAUGCCCAAUACCGAUGAGGAGGACGAGCUCGCGGCCAGCGAUACACCUGCGCAAAAGCGCAGCCGCCGGGGAAGACACCUAGAUUUAUCGACUUCCCGAUCCGCAACAGGCAUGAACAAUGCAUCGAUGCGAUCUGCCCGUUCGAUGCGAUCUCAUGCGUCUUCUGCCAAGCGGCGUAACGUGCAUUUCGGGAAGCUCUCCAGAUUCAAGGAAGGUAGCAUGCAUGAUCGGCCGAGUGAGAUACCCCCGAGUAUCUACGUUCGGGACGAGGAUCUCAUGGACGACUUCUUCCGUGACGCGUCGGAACCUUGUAUUGUGCCGCCACGUGCGGACACUGGAACGAGCGGAUUGUCCUCGUCGUCAAGGCUAGGGUCUGGAUCGGUUGCACAGCAGCAAAGGGGCGGCUUUACUCGUGAGGGUAUUUAUCGCUUUGGAAAGCAAUUUGCGACGGCGUUUAACCCCGUCAACAUUUGGGAAAGCAUGGCAAUCAAGUGGAAACAGACGCAGGAGGAUUUUGACCCGCAGCUCCGAAUGAUGAAGGAGCGCCGCGAACGGGCUGAAAGGACGUAUGCGGAAUUGAAGAAGAAUGGCCAGCUGGCGACGCUGGGUAGUCCACUUUCGCACCGUGUUAAUCGAGUUCCUAAUGUGAGAGGCAGGCAAUCCACAAUCACUACCUCAAUAACCUCGAAUGCGCGUAAGAGCGCCGACAACAUCAGCGGCGGCGAUGGUUGUCGUGACGACCAAGGUGAUGAUGAUCUCUACGGCAACCUGCCACCACAUCGUGACUCUGGCAUCGAUGUUGAUGGUUACCGAUCCUCUGAAGACCAUGCAGGUGAUGAGUACUAUCACCACCGACUACCAUCACUACUAGCCUCAUCGACAAAGGGGCAAUCAGCCGGAAACAUGUCUGGCUCGACAACAGUGACGCCUCGAAGAUCAUUAUUCUUCAAAAAGCCUUCGCUGAAAAGCUUGAAAAAAUCAAAAUCGGAGAUGCAAUUGCCAUCAUCGAGGGUGCUUGGCACCAGCAUUCCACCACCGCCAAUACCUGAAGGAACUACCGCCGCCACCACCACAACCACAGCAACCCCCAAGGAUACUGAUGAGCAGAAAGUCCGAAAGCGUCAAUCUAAACGAGAUAUGCAGAGACAGCAAAGGCUGAUGAAAAAGGUCAGCGAUUUGGAGACGAAGCUCCAGGUCGCUCGACGUGAACUGAACGCUGUGUUGGCACAUGUCCCGCCUGUUCCACCCUUGCCGGCACACGUUACUGCCGCUGCUGCUCAUGAGCCCAUCACACCGGCUGCGGCGGGCUCAUCCCAGCCAAAUCAUCCGGCGUCUGAUCGAACCAUUACUCAGGAGCUGCCGCGUUCCAGGACCAAGAAUAAUAUCCAACCCCGACGCACUUUUUCUGGAGAUUCACAAGUCCGCAGGGAAUUGGGGCUCUCAGAAUCUCACACGAAGACUAUCAGACCAUCCAAAUCCUCUCAACUCGGAACCGGCGAACUUCAAGGCGCUGAUGAACGUAGCCAUGAUCGUAAUCAAGCGCCAGGGGCAGCAUUAGCAGUGACUCCCGCCGUCAUACCAUCAAAUCAAACCAAUAGACCGAGAAUUGGCAUGCACGGCGAACUAGACACGCCAUCGUUUAGCAUUGCAUCUCAUUCUGAUGGCCUUGAGGAGGAUCUGCCUGGCAAUCCUCGCGAGGCUUCCGAGUCUAUUGGACCGGUUGACCCGGUUGACCUCGUUGAUACAUCAGCUCUUGAUGUUGGGGUUGAGGUCGACGUGGCAGUGAACGGAGAUGCCGAAGACGCCCGUGACAGGGAUCUCGAGGUGCCGUGCUGGGCCAUGCAAGAGGAAGAAAUAGUUGAGGUGCAUCCUUCAUCUCUGGCAAAAACGCCAUUACCUACCGUCUUUUCGCAACAAGUUCUGGACGAUUUUAGAUCAUCAUCAUCAAAGGCACUUGACAAUGGCAUGGAAUUCGGUCGUGCCGCCGUACGACGGCGACCAUCAACGCAGCAGGGCUCUGCAGCUGGCGCUCGUAGCUCUCGAGCUGGCUCAGGAGCAGGCCCAGGGCAAGGUACGCCGAACGAAGAGGGUACCGAGCACCCUCAGCGUCAGCAAACAAGUAGAGCAGCAAAUCGGUCCAGUCAGACUACUCUGAAGCUCAAUCGUUCAAGGCAGUCUCACGAGGAAAGCUACUCUGGUCUGCACGCCGGAUACCACAUUGAGGACGAUGCAAACGACUCGACGACUCCAAAGUAUACGCCGCCUGUGCCGAAGAUCCCCGCAGGCUAUGCUGCGCAUGAUGGACAUCCUUUGCCCUUCUACGUGGCCACUGGAACACAGACUGUUUCCAAGAAGCGCGCUGCUCGACCUACAACGGCAGAUGAGAAUUUCAAUGUUAAUGUCAACGCUGCUGGAGAAAAGGGCUACUCGAUGCGUCACCAGACUGGUACCCCGCUGGCGUCGAAGAUUGCAAAGAAGGCACAUCUGGGGAGAGAUCUUGGCAAGGAGAAGGAGACCUAUGAAUGGCCUGAUGAUGUGUUUUGA